AUGGCAGGCAGCAGAAUGCCAUGGCGGGAAGCAGCGGCGACGGCGGGGGCGAUGGCGAUGAUGGUGUUCAUGGUGAUGAGUGUAAGGGAGGGGGACAGGGUUGUGCAGCUCCUCGAAGGCAGGGGCUUGCGUGGUGAAGACCUGAAGCUUGCCAGACUGAUACGGGAGUCCCGAAAGUUGGGGGUGACUGGAAUCCCGAGCUUUCCUCCUGGCGCAAGAAGCACGAAGCUGGAUAUGGACUACGGCAACGAUGAGCUCCCUAUCCCCACCCUUGAGCCAGGGUCAUCUACUCCUAACCUCCCUUUUCCAAGUCCCUCGAACGCAUGGCAAAGGAGGAGGAGGAGUUUGAUCUCGAACAUGCUUACCAUGGACUACGGCGACGACGAGCUUCCUAUCCCCACCCUUGAGCCAGGGUCAUCUACUCCUAACCUUCCUUUUCCAAGUCCCUCUAACGCAUGGCAGAGGAGGAGGAGGAGUUUGAUCUCGAACAUGCUUACCAUGGACUACGGCGACGACGAGCUUCCUAUCCCCAAUCUUGAGCCAGGGUCAUCUACUCCCAACAUUCCGUUCCCUCCAGGCUCGGGCGUGGCUGACAAGGCAGGGCGCAUGCAGUCUUUGGCACAGGAGGUGGACAAUUCCGGCGAGGCACUCGACAGGGCAGGGGUGAAGGUCGGAGCAGACCUCAGCUCUGUCAACUCGCACGAAGAUGAUCGAUAUGUAGGAGCACAACAUGUCGCUCCUUCUGUUGCGUUCAAGGGGAAGCUCAAGAAGACACAGUCUCUGUAUGCUCCUGCAUGGUCACCGGACUACUUGGAGCCAUACCGUCAUCCUUCUUCAGAGCAGAGUGCAUGGCAGUGGAUGAGUAAGGCAAAGAAACAGCACAAGAACGACCUUGCAGUCGAGGACAAGGAGGCUGCUGAUGCUCAAAAGUCUCUGGAUGAGAUUGUGAGUGACGUUUGGAACAAGAAGAUUGAAGGCCAGGGCAUCGUGGGUGCGCAAACGAAGGCCAAACAUGAGAAAGCUGCGGCAACAGUCCCCGAAACCAGCAAGUCAGUGGCAACCAAAGAGCUGGGAAAGCCAGUCGCUGCAGCACAGAAAGUUGCUCAGGCCACGGGGUCUGCCAGCAAUUCUGUGAACCCUCGAUCCCACGCAGCCUCUGGCAGACCUGAGCGAACGCAGAAGCUUGUUUCUUCCUCCGUUCCCACCAAGCAGUUUGCAUCAAGUGGCAAGAAGGGAGCUGCCCAGGAGACAUCUGACAAGCCUCAGAUGGAGUUAGAGAAGCUCGAGCUUGCGGAAGACAUCCUUCAUCACAAGACUCAAGCCAAGGCCAACAACGUCCUCCAUGCGUCUGCGGUUGCGAAGCCUGACGUGGCCGCCUCAGUAACCAAGGGCGAGCAUCAAGUCUCGUCGGCGAAGAAGGAGUCGCACCAGCAAGCGCUGUUCGCCCAUGGCUUCGGCACCACCAACCGCUUCCAGGCUCAACCGUUGAGCGCGUCCAAGAAUCAAGAUCGCCACGUGUACGGCUCUGACGCAGAGGCGGGUGACGUGGGCCAUCCCACGAGCUUCGACUCUAUUCCCCUCGCUUCCCCUUCCACCUUCAUGUCUCGAGUGGCGGCGUAUGAGCCUUCGGGAGUGAGUUCGGAAGAGCGCGUCCGUUUGGAUCGCGAAGUUUACCGUGGGCAGGUGCUGGCAGCAUGGCGCAAGUACGAGCACGGACUCCAGCAGUGCAUGGAGGCCGAGUCGACGAUCGACCCGACCCUCAAGGACUACAGCUGCAAGGACGUUUCCAAGGGCUUCAAGUACCUCAGGGACUGCAUGCAGAACCACAACUUCGGCCUACAGGACGUGGGAGGAGUCAAGCUCAAGUUCGUCGGUGACGAGAAGGCCUGGAGUGCCCUGCCGAAGCUCGUGCAGUACACCUACACGCUUCCUACGAAAGACUACGAGAAGGUCUACAACGUUCUCAGUCAGAGCGCCAUCUUCGGCACCCUGUGGAACAUGGAGAGACUCCAUGCUCGCUGCGCGGCCACCGGCAGCACGGAGGCUCCUGGGCCGAGCCGAGCAGCGGUGAUCAGCUCGAUCGACAGGGACGUGAGGGGAUACGACGAGGCCAUGCGGAGGCUGAUGCCGGGGACGCCGACGCAGCAGAGAGGGUACGACAUCAUGCACAACGGAUACAACGGCAUGGUGUGGCAUUACCCGGGGGUGGCUCGAGGGGUUUCGAGGGGUUACUGGAAGAUUCCCAGCUCGUCGAGAGAGGUGGCUCCCUCCGCCUCCAGAGCCUCCCUCCCCUACUGGCGGGAGGUAGCUGGAAACCAGCCCACUCUCGGAGGGCUCCGCAGAGUCCAGCCGCGCGCGAGGCUCAACCCGGACACAGCUGGGCCUGCUGCCUUCCCGACGCGAGUGAAUGGGAAGCGAGUGCACCCAGCGAACCCUCGGCCAUGGCAGGCGAGCAAGGGAGCGCCGGACCCCUGGACAGGCUACUACUGGACCGGGCCCGGGAAGUUUGACAUCGUGCCGGAGAGUCACCCGGUGACGCAGGCGAUCUCAGGGUACAACUACCCGACCACCGCAAAGCCAGCUGCCGGCCUGCUGUGCGUGGAAGACGUGGAGUGCCCGCAGAUGAGCGUGUGCUCGAGUGCUGGGUUCUGCCGAGCGUGGGGGGGAGACGACGUAUGGCACGUCCCUGCUCAGCACGGCCUAUGGCCCGCAAACUCCAGCCCUGACUGGUUCUAG